AUGGCAGGAGGAGGAAUUGCUUCGCAUGGACCAACAAAAGACUAUGCCGGAGGGAUGACCCUCUUCGUGCUCAUAACUUGUAUUGUGGCUGCCACCGGCGGUCUCAUCUUCGGUUACGAUCUUGGGAUUUCAGGAGGGGUUACUUCUAUGAGUCCAUUCUUGAAGAAGUUCUUCCCCUCGGUUUAUGAGAGGAUGAACGAUGACACUGAUACACAUAACCAGUACUGCAAAUUCGAUAGUCAGCUUCUUACCAGUUUCACUUCUUCCCUUUACAUCGCGGCGUUGAUAGCCUCCUUCUUUGCUUCUGCAAUAACCAGACUCUUUGGUCGAAAGAUCUCUAUGGCCAUUGGAGGUGCUGUGUUUUUUAUUGGUUCCAUCCUUAAUGGCAUCGCCAACAACGUCGGGAUACUCAUCCUUGGUCGCCUUUUACUUGGUGUCGGUGUGGGAUUUGCUAAUCAGUCUGUACCAGUGUAUCUAUCGGAAAUGGCUCCGGCAAAACUUAGAGGAGCUCUGAACAUGGGUUUCCAAUUGGCCAUUACCAUUGGAAUCCUGGUUGCCAACCUUGUGAACUAUGGCACAGACAAGAUCAAGGGUGGAUAUGGGUGGAGAAUAUCCCUGAUUCUUGCAGCAGUUCCGGCGGCCGUAAUGACAGUUGGGUCACUGUUCCUACCAGACACCCCCAACUCUCUCAUCGAAAGAGGCCAUACAGAGAAGGCCAAGGCCAUGCUGCAGAAGGUCCGCGGCACCACCGACGUCGACGAGGAGUUCCAAGACCUCAUCGACGCAAGCGAAUCUGCGAAGCAGGUGCAGCACCCAUGGAAGAACAUCAUAGAUCGCAGAUACAGGCCUCAGCUCGUCAUGUCCAUCAUGAUUCCUUUCUUCCAGCAGCUCACUGGAAUCAACGUUAUCAUGUUCUAUGCACCUGUUCUCUUCAUGACACUGGGCUUUGGCGGUGCAGCUUCUCUCAUGUCUGCUGUCAUAACCGGCCUGGUCAAUUUCUUCGCCACCAUUGUCUCUAUCGUGACAGUCGACAAGUACGGAAGAAGGUUCUUAUUCAUCGAAGGUGGAAUUCAGAUGAUCAUCUGCCAGAUUGGUGUGGGAACUGUGCUCGGUAUCAAGUUUGGAGAGAGUGGACAAGGAUCCUUGUCAAAGGGCUACGCAGAUUUCGUCCUGUUCUUGAUUUGCUCCUAUGUUGCAGCUUUCGCCUGGUCAUGGGGUCCAUUGGGUUGGUUGGUUCCCAGUGAGAUCUUUCCUCUGGAGAUACGAUCAGCUGGUCAGGCCAUCAAUGUAUCAGUGAACAUGUUGUUCACCUUCGGCAUUGCUCAAGCCUUUCUGGCCAUGCUUUGUCACAUGAAGUUCGGUCUCUUCUUCUUCUUUGCAGGGUUUGUCUUGAUAAUGACCCUCUUCAUCUUCUUCUUCUUGCCGGAGACCAAGAACGUUCCCAUUGAAGAAAUGAACAGAGUGUGGAAGCAGCACUGGUUCUGGGGGAAGUACAUCCCAGAUGACGCAGUCGGCGCCCUCCAGCUCUCUUCAGCAAAGUCUGUGGCCUAA